CUCAAGGAUCUGUGCAGAGUGAUGCAGGUCUGCAGACGACUGCACACACUGGCUACUGAUCACACACUCUGGAGAGAUGUGAGGGUUGAGAACGCCACCCUGACAGACCGAUGGUUCCUCUCUGUGGGCAGAUGCCGCCCUCGCAGUAUUAGUCUGUACAGCUGCAGUGGACCCUCUCUCUCCUCUUGUGUGCUGGAGAAGUUUUUCACACUUUGCAAAGACACUCUGGAGGAAAUCCAGGUCACAAGUUGCACUAGUCCUGUUCUCCAUGGUGACCCGAUGCUAUCACUGAUUGGUCAGUGGUGUGAUCAUGUGACCAGUGUGGACGCGAGCUGGAGUGGAGCAACAGAUGCAGGAGUUAAAGCUCUGAGUGAAUGCUCUCCAGGGUUGAGACUAAAAUCUGUCAUUUUAAACGGCUCUCAAGUCACCGAUGACCCAAUGAUAAAACUCAUCACAAGACACAAAGAAAGUCUGUGCAGAUUGGAGGUGUUUGGCUGUCACCUCCUUACUCCAUCCGGUCUACAGACAAUUUAUGAGAUUUGUCCUGGCCUCACGCAUCUGAACAUCGGACAAGUGCCAAGAGUCAACAAAGACUGUCUCAUAGUGAUGACAUCAGAGCUUAAAUGUCUCAUUUUACUGAAUCUCACUGGACUGCAGGUGGUGUCUGAUACCUCAGUGGAUGCUUUGCUUCAGAACUGUGUUGAACUUCAGAGUUUGAGCCUUGGCUCCUGUCCUGGAGUCACAGACCGUACACUGCACAGCAUAAGCAAAUACACACCUUAUAUCGAGUCCCUGGAUGUGAGUGGCUGUAAGGCAGUAACAGAUGCAGGAGUUGAGUCUCUGGCUCGGGGAUGCAGACGACUUCAGCAGCUGAAUCUAAGCUCCACCAGCACGGGAAACAGAGGGGUUGAUCUGCUGGCCAAUUACUGCAGUGGACACCUCCAUACAGUAAAACUGAGUUUCUGCCACAUCAGCACAGCAAACAUACUGAAGCUCUGCCGACGCUGCCAAAGAUUGAAGGUGCUCCAUCUCUACGGCUGUGCUCACCUCCCAAGUGAGAAAGAGAUCAGACAAGUAAACGCUGUUGUUAAAGUUCACUCUCUGACCUAACUCUCACACUGACAUCUACACACAACUGGACAAAUACACACAACAUAACACCAAGCACAUUUGAACUGAGGAACAGUAGAUAAUCCUGCAAAGAAACAAGUAUUUUAACUUACAUUUACAACACAUUCAGGCAUGAGAACUUAUGUAAAGGAGUGAUUAAAAUGCAUUAAACGAAUGACCAUGUGUGUUUGACUGCA